AUGGCUGCGACGACGGCGGACGGGAAUAAGGCCGACGAGGCCCUGGGCGGCGAGAAGAGCAAGAUGAUCACGCUGAAGAGCUCCGACGGUGAGCAAUUCGAGACGACCCGCGAGGCGGCGGCGAUGUCGCAGACCAUCCAGCACCUGAUCGAGGACAACUGCAUCGACAACGGCGUCCCUCUCCCCAACGUCGACUCUAAAACCCUUGCCAUGGUCAUGGAGUACUGCAACAAGCACGUCGCCGACAGUGCGGACGAGGAGGGCCUCAAGAGCUUCGACGAGAGCUUCAUCAAGGUGGAUCAGGACACGCUGUUCGACAUCAUCCUCGCCGCCAACUAUCUGAAAAUCAAGGGGCUCCUGGACCUCAGCAGCCAGAGGGUCGCCGACAUGAUCAAGGGUAAGUCGGUUGAGGAGAUUCGGAAGACGCUCAACAUCAAGAACGACUACACGCCGGAGGAGGAGGAGAAGAACCGAAGGGAGAACCCGUGGGCGUUUAGCGUUUGA